CGCUGAGCUAAAUCCCCAACUCUAUGCCCUUUCUGAUAGCAAGAUUUAUCUUGUACCUAAAAGUUUAACUCAAAAAUGAAUCUGGAAUAAAAAGUACCCCAUUUGUAUUGAGGUUGGUCGACAAGAUGACUUUAUGUUGAAGACUCAGGCUGAUAAGGAGACAUCUGAAGAGAAGCCACUAGCUGAGAGAGAGCUGGAAAGGGAGAACCCUAAGAAGCCAUCCCACCCUCAGGAGGGAAAUCUGUCCACUGAGAUCAGAUACUGUAACUAUUUGGGAGAAAAAGAGGAGUGGUUUAGAAGAUUUAUUCUGACAUCUAAGCUGAAAUCAGACCUCAAGAAGCCACCUGGUGUCUCUGGAAGUAAACCAGAGCUUUUGCCCACCCACAGCAGACCUAGCAGUCCUUCCAGGCACCUGACCCAUAGCUGCAGCAGCAGCAAAGGCAGUGUGGAGGAGAUCAUGACACAGCCAAAGCAAAAGAAGCUGGUGGGCAGUGUGUGGCAGAAGAUGCUGCUAGGCUACAGUAUGUGCAUGGGCAGGUGUGUGCCCCAGGAAAACCAAAGCCCCAAUAGGAGCCCUGUGCAGAGUGUGGAGAGCAGCCCCACGGCUGGGAAAAAGUUGCCAGAGGCUUCACCCUCUGCAGAGGAAGAACAGGAAGCUUGGGUGAAUGCCUUGCUUGGAAGGAUAUUUUGGGACUUCUUAGGAGAGAAGUACUGGUCUGAUCUGGUAUCAAAGAAAAUCCAGAUAAAACUAAGCAAAAUAAAGCUCCCUUACUUUAUGAAUGAGUUAACUCUGACAGAACUUGACAUGGGAGUGGCUGUGCCAAAAAUCCUUCAGGCCUUCAAGCCUUAUGUUAAUCACCAAGGACUCUGGAUCAACUUGGAAAUGUCCUACAGUGGAUCCUUUCUGAUGACUCUUGAGACCAAAAUGAAUUUGACCAAACUAGGAGAGUCUCUUAUUGAAACCCUGAAGGUUGGAGAAAUUGGCAAAGAAGGUUGCAGGCCCCAGGCAUACUGUCUUGCUGACAGUGAUGAGGAAUCCUCCAGUGCCAGCUCCUCUGAGGAAGACGAUGCACCAGAGCCCAGUGCAGGAGACAAACAGUUGCUCCCAGGGGCUGAAGGGUAUGUUGGAGGUCAUCGAACAAGUAAAAUUAUGAGGUUUGUAAAUAAAAUUACCAAAUCAAAAUAUUUCCAAAAAGUAACAGAGACAGAGUUCAUGAAAAAGAAGAUUGAAGAAGUCUCCAAUACACCCCUGCUGCUAACUGUUGAAGUACAAGAAUGUCAAGGAACCCUGGCAUUCAACAUCCCUCCACCUCUGAUGGACCGCAUAUGGUAUGGCUUCUGGAAGCCACCACAUGUGGAGCUGAAAGCUCAGCCAAAACUCAGAGAGAGACAAGUUACUUUAGUUCGCGUGACAGACUGGAUAGAGAAGAAACUGGAGCAAGAGUUUCAGAAAGUUCUUGUCAUGCCACAUACACAUGAUGUUUAUAUCCCUAUAAUGCACUCAGCCAUGGACCCUUGCUCUACUUCCUGUCUCCUGAAAGACCCACCUGUGAAGGCUGCUGAUCCACUGUAAUGGGUGAAGAUGGGAAGUUCCCUGUAUUAUGAGACCUAGCUCAACAUAUGGGGUUCCUGGCCACCGCCUGUGCUGUGGCACUGGCCUUUACCUGUGCCGCAGUACUAUCUCUUAAGACUGCUUCUGCCCUUUGCCUGCUGGUGCCCAUUCCACUGUGAGGUGUCAUUUCCCACAUCCGAUGACAGGUGUCUGCACUGCCUGCUGCAAAGCUUGGACUUGGCAAAGGAGACUGAAGAAUCAUCAUGGUGGACCCAGAAGUUACACAUGAUUUACAUUGUGGCUUUUUAAAGUCUACCAGUUUUUGUGGCAGCAAACAGAGCACAUUCAGAGUGAUACUGUACAACUGGAAGACUUUCCCUUACCUCCUGGACCUCCUCCAAAGCUUUUCUUCAGGCAGCUGGUGCACAAUGGAACAUUUUCUCACUCUACACUUUAUACACGUGAUUGCAGCCCUCCAUGCUCCAAGAAUGUCAAUGUGAUAACAUGUAUGGCGAGUGGAAUUCUGUGAGCCAUGUCAUUGGUGGUAAAGAGAUAGGCAUAGCAACUUACUUUUUUUCAUUUUAAAUUGUGCAUUUUGGAAGCAACUACCAUAGAAUACACACAACUUUCAAUUAGGGUGGAGACAGUGGGAUUUAUGUAAACAUUAGGCAAAGCCAAUGAGAUCAAAGCCUUUUAACAAUGAGGUAUAAUCGUCUUGCUUCUGACUAAUCCUGAUUGUUUUCCUGAGACACGAGCAUAUGUGGCAGUGACAGAUACUUCACACAAGGACAGAUUGUUCUCCCUAGUCCAGAUAGCGUGGGCCCAAAGACCCAGAUUUCCUGUGUGCUCUAGGAAGCUUCAAAAAGGAAGGGGAAUGCUUUGUUUAUCUGAUAUGAGAAAGUUUUGUGGGCAGUUUUCUGAUGGCCAAAACAGAACUGCUCAACUACUACCUGCUUUUGAGUCAAGACUAAAGUUUGCCUCCCAUCAAACACU